AUGGAUAAUCAUUGUGGAAUAGACAGUGAAGAUGAUAGAAUAUUCUAUGAAUUAUCUGCCGAUAAUGAGGAUGCUACACCGAUGGAAGUGGAAUCGUUAUGUGUUAAUUGUCAUCAGAAUGGUAUCACUAGAAUACUUUGUACAAAAAUCCCUUUUUAUCGGCAGAUUAUUGUAAUGUCAUUUAGUUGUGAACAUUGUGGCUAUAGCAACAACGAGUUGCAAAGUGGUGAAGCAGCACAAGAACACGGAAUCGAAAUUGUUCUGAGUGUAAAAAUUUUAUCGGAUUUGAACCGGCAAAUUGUAAAAUCAGAAUAUGCCGAAGUCGAAAUCAAAGAACUGGAACUUACCAUUCCUCCGAAAUCACAAUCUGGUGAAAUUACGACCGUGGAAGGAAUACUACAGCGCGUGAUUACCGGCCUCAGUCAAGAUCAAAGUCGAAGGCGUCAGUGUUAUCCUGAAAGUGCUAGAAAAAUUGAUGAUUUUAUAAAACGAGUGGAACGACUAAUUAAUCUGCAAGAAAAAUUCACUCUAAGGAUAAGGGAUGUGUCCGGCAACAGUUUUGUUCAAAAUCCUACUCCAUUCCAUCUGGAUCCGCAAUGCAUCGUAACGCAUUUUAACCGAGAUCUUUCCGAUAAAAAAUUGUUGGGGUUUGUGGCUGACGAUGCGAAUGAAGAGGAGUCUGCUCCAUUUCAGUCAUAUGAUGAUGCAAAAAACGAAGUAUUAAGAUUUGCCACUGACUGUCCUAAUUGUGGCGCUCUGACGCAAACAUGUAUGAAGCCUACAGAUAUCCCCUAUUUUACAACAGUUAUUCUAAUGUGUACAGCUUGUGAUGGUUGUGGUUGGAAAUCGAAUGAAGUCAAAAGUGGUGCUGCUAUACGAGAUCAUGGCUGCAGGUUAACUGUUUUGAUAGAAAAAGAUAUUGAUCUUGCGCGGGAUGUCUUGAAAUCAGACACAUGUAGUAUGUCAAUUCCCGAACUCGAUUUGGAAGUGGGUUCCGGUGCCUUAUCAGGAAGAUUUACAACUGUCGAAGGCUUACUUGUAGCUACCAGGGAUCAACUUAAGGAACAAGGAUCUUUCUUUUUAGUAGGAGAUAGUAAGAGUGAAGCAGAAAACGAACAAAUGAAGAAAUUUCUGGAUAACUUUGAGCAAAUAUUACAGUUGCGAAAGAAAGUUUGUUUAGUUUUAGAUGAUCCAACGGGUAAUAGCUAUAUUCAGAGUCUAAAUGCCCCAAUGGAUGAUAGCCGCUUAAAAAAAGAAUACUACGAGCGUAGCAAUGAACAAAAUGAUGAACUUGGUUUAAACGAUAUGAAAACAGAAAACUAUUCGGAGUUAGAGACUAUUAAUGAAUAUGAAUAA